AGCUGGAUCUCCUUGAGAAUGCCUUUCAGCUGUUUUGGUGAUGGCUGAUCUGAGGCUACGUUUGCCACCCUCUUUACGAAUUGGUUAGUACCUGUGGGUUCCUCCGCAUCCAUUAAGGGACAUGGCUGAAGAAAGCGUAAGACACAGAAAGCAAAGUUCAGACCAAGGAAUGGAGGUGCAGUCUGGCAAGGAAGGCAAGAAACCGAAAUCUAUGAAUCUACAGAGAGAGGUUGGUCUGAUCAGCGGCAUCUGUGUCAUUGUCGGGACUGUGAUAGGUUCGGGGAUCUUUAUUUCUCCCAAGUCAGUACUGGCUAAUGUUGGAGCCAUCGGCCCUUGCUUAAUCAUUUGGGCAGCCUGUGGAGUGCUUGCGACUUUAGGAGCACUAUGCUUUGCAGAGCUUGGCACGAUGAUAACAAAAUCAGGAGGCGAAUAUCCAUAUCUUAUGGAAGCCUUUGGCCCUAUCCCAGCAUAUCUGUUCUCUUGGUCCAGCCUGAUCGUCAUCAAGCCCAGUUCCUUUGCCAUCAUUUGCCUCAGCUUUGCCGAAUACGUGUCGGCUCCGUUUUAUCCAGGAUGUGACCCUCCCAUUGUAGUCAUCAAGUGUCUUGCCACAGCGGCCAUUGUGGUCAUAACCACUGUGAAUGCACUGAGUGUGAAGUUGGCAAGCUAUGUUCAGAAUUUUUUCACUGCUGCUAAGAUGGUGAUCGUUGCAAUUAUCAUUGUGAGCGGCAUUGUGCUCCUCGCCAAAGGACAUACACAAAACUUUACAAAUGCAUUCGAUGGUCCCCCUCUUUCAGUUGGUGCCAUCAGCCUGGCAUUUUAUAAUGGACUCUGGGCAUAUGAUGGAUGGAAUCAACUCAAUUAUAUCACAGAGGAGCUCAGAAAUCCUUUUAGAAAUCUCCCACUGUCUAUCAUUAUUGGAAUCCCACUGGUCACUGUCUGUUAUGUCCUGAUCAAUGUUUCUUAUUUCACGGUUAUGACGGCAACCGAACUCCUGCAAUCGCAAGCUGUCGCUGUGACCUUUGGGGACAGGGUUCUGUACCCUGCUUCUUGGAUCGUUCCGCUCUUCGUGGCAUUUUCUACCAUUGGAGCAGCCAAUGGGACUUGCUUCACUGCUGGCAGGCUUGUUUAUGUAGCUGGUCGUGAAGGGCAUAUGUUAAAGGUGAUGUCUUACAUCAGCAUUAAGCGAUUAACUCCAGCACCUGCUAUAAUAUUUUAUGGUGCAGUAGCUGUUAUUUAUAUCAUCCCAGGAGAUAUCAACACGCUCAUCAACUACUUCAGCUUUGCGGUCUGGAUAUUCUAUGGCUUAACUGUACUGGGGCUCAUUGUGAUGCGCUUUACAAGAAAAGGUCUGGAAAGGCCUAUCACUAUACCUAUUAUCAUCCCCAUCAUUGUGACCCUCGUGUCCAUCCUGCUUGUCCUGGCACCCAUUAUCAGUGCACCUGAGUGGGCAUAUCUGUACUGUGUGCUAUUUAUUCUUAGUGGAUUUGUCUUUUAUAUACUUUUCGUUCACUACAAAUUCAGUUGGGCUCAAAAAAUCUCAAGGCCCGUCACCAUGCACCUUCAGAUGCUUCUGGAAGUUGUUCCACCAGAAGAAGAAACUGAGUAAGUUCCAAACACUCCACCCACACAGAAGCAAAAGCCUAGAAACAGCUCGGCACACAUGUUGUGUCAUUCAACUUCCAUGCAUACAGCUGUAAGUGCUCCAGGGGCACACUUACGAAACACCCUUUA